AAUAACAAGCGCCAAUUGCUGCAGAAUCAUGUAUCGGCCUUGUUCAAUAUUGAACCGAUUGCACGAGAAUCUUCUAGUCACAUUAAAAGGGUCAUAGAUCAGGUUAACAAAAACCUUCGUUCUUUAGAAACACUAGGCGAGCCCGUUAAAGAAUGGUCAACACUUCUCAUUCACAUUAUUUCACAAAAGUUAGACACAAAAUCAUUUCGUGAGUGGGAGGAGUUCAAGGGUGGUUUAGACAAAAACAAAACUGCUACUUUCGAGGAGUUCCUAACUUUCCUACAAAGCCGUGCUGAUUUACUCGAAACACUAGAAUUAUCAUCGAAUCAGUCACUUCAACACACUAAAGGUGCAACUAAAAUUAAAACUAUGAUAGCAGUGCAGGACAAAAUAGGUAAUAAUAGCAAUAAAACUCAGCCGCCGGCGACUAAGCCGUGCCCGAGAUGUAAGGGCGAUCAUUGCUUAUCAAACUGUGCACAAUUUCUUGCGUUAAGUAAUACGGCUCGAUUGCAACUAUUACCUAAUUAUAAGGUUUGUUUUAACUGUUUUAGAGGUGGUCAUUAUGCCAAUCACUGUAAAAAACCUGGUUGCAAGAUAUGCAAACGAAAACACCAUACGUUAAUUCACGUAUCUGAGAGCAUACCUAGAUCGACAUUAAAUAGUGAUAAUUGCACGGGCGUUAUCAGUGGUGUCGACCAGAGGACUGCGCCCGCGCUCCCGCUCCCCGCCAGUGCCGAGCCGGCUCAGGUUGCAUUGUCAGCAAAUGUCUCGCCGAGUACUUCGUCUUUAUACUGACAUAGGGCACAAGACGUACUGUUAUCAACUGCACUUAUAAAAAUAUACGAUUCGAAUAAACAGGAGCACAUCGCUCGCUGUGUUUUAGAUAAUGGCAGUAUGUCUUGUCUCAUGUCUCAAAAAAUGUAUAAUAGGCUAAACCUGGCAACCGAUUUUGUAAAUAAAAGUCUUAUAGGUGUAAACAAAAAGUCGUCGCCUAUAACUGAAAUGUGUCGAGUCGAAAUUAAAUCGCUCAAUGAGAGGUUCGCAAGUGAUUUGCACUGUUAUAUUUUGCCUUCAAUUACAGACGUUAUUCCCUCUCAUCGAAUCGACGUGUCAAAAUUAAAUAUUCCAUCUAACAUAUGCCUAGCGGACCCGUAUUUUUACAAGCCGUCUGAUGUAGAUAUGAUAAUUGGGGCCGAACUAUUCUGGGAUUUGUUAGGAUGUCAAAAAAUUAAACUGGGUCACGGUUUGCCGAUCCUUUGGGAAACUCAACUUGGAUGGUUGGUUUCCGGUCCUAUUUAUAGACGCAACGAAUCGACAAUGCCAUCAUCAUCAUCAUCCAUUAAAUGUAAUUUCGUAACAGUUAAUUCAGGCAACGCUCUCUCCACCGUUGAUGACGACCUUCAAAACCAAUUAGCGCGUUUUUGGCAACUGGAGGAAGUUAGCCAUCAGUCGUCUCAAUAUUCUCACGAAGAGAAAUUAUGUGAGGAGCAUUUUCAAGCUAACACUGUCCGUUUGAAGGACGGAAGUUUUUGUGUUAGGUUGCCUUUAAAGCAGAGUCCUAAAUUGUUAGGCGAAUCAUUUCAAAGAGCCAAACAUUGCUUCUUAUCGUUGGAGCGUAGGUGGAAAAAUAGACCAUCAUUCAGGAAGCUAUACAUCGAGUUUAUGUCGGAGUAUCACGCUUUAGGUCACAUGUCCGAGUACGUACCUACCGAUUCGGGUACAGGUACCUACUUUAUACCCCACCACGGAAUUUUACGGGACAGUACCACUACCAAAUUAAGGACUGUCUUUAAUGCUAGUAGUCCCACUACUUCCGGUGUUUCGCUAAACGAUUUGCAAAUGAUUGGACCAACUGUCCAAGAUGAUCUGCUGUCAAUACUCAUACGUUUUCGGCAGCAUAAAUACGUAAUAUCGGCUGACAUUGAAAAAAUGUACAGGACCGUAUUUCUUCAUCCUGAUGAUCGCAAGCUACAGCUGAUCCUAUGGCGUGAAAAUGAAUCUGACGCCUUAAAGACUUAUCAGCUAAAUACCGUAAGUUAUGGGACGGCUAGCGCAGCAUUUUUAGCAUGUCGAUGUCUUAAACAAAUAGGUUUAGAUUGCCAAGAUAAACCGUUAUCUGAAAUAAUAAUUCACGAUUUUUAUGUCGAUGAUUUAUUGACCGGGGGAGAUGAUUUUGACGAGGUUAUUAGAUUGCGGCAAGGAGUCACUGAUGCUUUAGCUGCCGCGCGCAUGCAUUUAAGAAAGUGGAAGUCUAAUGAUCCACGCUUAAUUGACUCGUUCUCUCCUGAAUCAAAAAACUUAAACAUGGGAACGUCCGAGUCAAGCAAGAUAUUAGGUCUGGGUUGGCAUCCAGACGCGGACCAGUUAUAUUUCCCAAUCGGCAUUUCAGUUCCUAAGGGAACCACUAAAAGGGAUAUAUUGUCAACCAUUGCUCAGAUUUUUGAUCCCUUAGGGCUUUUAAGUCCUUGUGUUAUUAAAAUGAAAAUACUCAUGCAGAGGCUGUGGUUGCACAAACUUUCUUGGAACCAGGAGCUUCCUCCUGAAACUUUAAAACAAUGGGCCGAUAUAGUUUCAAGCCUGCCUCUUCUUAAUACUAUCCGCAUUCCGCGACGAGUUUUGUGCGACUCCUACAAGAGUUUGGAACUACACAUUUUCACAGAUUCCUCAGAGCGAGCCUACGGUGCCUGUGUUUACGCCCGUAGCAUUAACGAUGCAGGAGAGGUUUUCGUGCGAUUACUUAUAGCCAAAAGUCGAGUUUCUCCCUUGAAGCCUUUAACCAUUCCGAAACUUGAACUUUGUGGCGCGCUGGUCGGUGCUCGGUUGUAUCAAAAGGUUAUUAACUCACUUCGAGCCCAAGUUAGCAGCGCAACGUUCUGGAGCGACUCGACCAUAGUUCUCGCGUGGCUCAAAACAUUACCAAGCAAGUUGCAGCCAUUUGUUCGCAACCGUACAGCCGAGAUUCUCGAAAUAUCAGGCAAUAGUUCCUGGCGACACGUUCCGACUAACGAGAAUCCUGCUGAUCACGUAUCUCGCGGUGUUAGCUUCGAGGAAAUGAAUUCCCUUGAUUUAUGGUGGUCCGGUCCUAGCUUCCUAAAGCGUGAUGCUUCGACGUGGCCACAGAAUCCGUGUACAGAAGUUUCUAAUUUACCUGAGGUUCGAACAGAAAUAACCUUGUCUGCUUGCAUUCAAGACGAGACUUUCAUUGACUUUGAACGAUUUUCAAACUUCUUACGGUUAAAACGCGCCGUAGCGUACGUUUUGCGCUUCAUAUCGGCUUGUAAAGGGAUGGCAGUAACUACUCAAUAUUUAAACGAUGUAGAAUUAAAAAACGCAUUAAACCUCCUGAUAAAAAUAUCACAAGCCGAAUCAUUACCUGAGUAUAAACUACUAUUAAAAUCUCAAACUUUACCUAAGGGUAGUCCACUGUUAAAGUUAAACCCCUUUUUAGACGAAAAUUCAAUCAUGCGUGUUGGUGGUCGCCUUGCAAACUCGGAAUUUCCAUAUGAGCAAAAGCAUCCCAUCAUCUUACAGUCCACUCACAAAUUUACAAAGUUGCUUUUCUAUUUCGAGCAUAAGCAUUUAUUACAUGCACCACCACAGCUUUUAUUAGCCACUAUUAAAGAGCGAUACUGGCCGAUAGGAGGACGCAAUUUGGCUAAGUUGUGUUAUAGACAGUGCGUCCUAUGUAUCCGAAUGAAGGGACGCGUACUUAGCCCUUUGAUGGGUAAUUUACCUAAAACUCGGUUGUCCCCCGAAGGCCACGUAUUCGUCAAUGUAGGCGUAGACUAUGCAGGUCCUAUCAACUCGGCUAGUCGUCAGGGUAGAGGUUGUAGGAUAGUAAAGGUGUACAUCGCCAUAUUCAUAUGCUUUACAACGAAGGCCAUACAUUUAGAGUUGGUUGGUGACCUAACAAGCAAUAAUUACUUGAUGGCUUUGAAUAGAUUUAUGUCGCGCAGAGGUAAGCCCGCUAAUAUCUACUCAGAUAAUGGGACCUCGUUUGUUGGCGCAUACAACGAAUUGUCAAGGUUCCUCAAAUCCAAUUGCAAUUCUAUUGCCGAAAGUGCGUCCAAUGUAGAAACGAACUUUCAUUUUUUGCCAGCUUACGCGCCACACUUUGGUGGUCUCUGGGAAGCGGGUGUAAAGUCAACAAAACAUCACUUAAACAGAGUGCUGGGCAAUUCUAAUCUUACAUACGAGCAACUUAAUACUACUCUGGUUAGGAUUGAGGCAAUUUUAAAUUCUCGGCCACUCACCGCUCUGUCUACGGAACCCGACGACCUGAUGCCGCUAACUCCUGGACACUUCCUCAUCGGCCGUCCACUGACCGCGCUGCCAGCUCCUGACUACCGAAACCACUCCUAUAACUAUUUAACGCGCUUCCAACGGGUAGAACAACUGCGCCAGCACUUUUGGACUCGUUGGAGCAAGGAAUAUAUCUCGGAUCUGCAGCAAAGGGUCAAAUGGCAAACGGCCGGAGACUCUUUAUCCCAGAAUACUCUGGUUCUUCUAAAAGAAGAUAAUCUUCCCCCUUUGAAGUGGAGGCUGGGCCGCAUCGUUGCAGUUUUCCCUGGACGAGAUGGAAUUAAUCGCGUCGCCGAUGUGCGCACUGCUAAUGGAGUCGUCAGAAGGGCAUUCUCCAAGAUAUGUCCAUUGCUGAAUGCUGAUGUUCCCACAUAAAAGGCCAGCUUUCAGCGCGCGGGGGCAUGUUGGAGAACGCAGGAUCAUAACGCCUAACAAAAACCUCUCUGCAAAGCCGCCCGCACUCCUGUGCGCUACAACUUAUUAUAAUAGGAUUUUUAGUUUUAAGCACUUACACGUAAGCUUUUGUACCGACUGGUAAUAAAAUAGCCAUGUCCUAAAUUAAA